UAUGAAACCGCUAUGAGGUGGUUUUGGUUCAAAUUUUGGUUCAUUUAUCGACUUAUAUUAGCGUGUUUAACUCAUACGAACUGGAUACUUGCCAUAUAUGUUAAUUGCGCUUACUUCGUUUUUUGGAAAUGUUACGACUUGUUAUGGUUUUGGAUGCAUUGCAUAUUAUGCAUUUGUUUCGUACCGUUACGUAGUGAAAACUACCUGCUUGUGUGGUGUACUCUUAUCUAUAGCCGGUUUAUGAAGUACCCAGGUCGGAAGUUUAAGGUGAACGCAUCUUCUAUUUCUCGUAGUAUGUAUCGUUAUGGUGGUUUUUUUCUUAUUAAAACUGAUAACAACGUGUUAAAGCCAGAUUUCUCGAACUCUCUGGAUGUAAAAACUGAGAAAGAACGUUUACGGAUGGAAAAACGGGAAAGAAGAGAACUAGCUAAACGGAUUAGGGAAAGGAAACGGCUUGUUUUACUGGCUGCGGCUAAACGGGAAGCAAAAAAUCUGUCAAGUUCUAUUGAACUUCUUCUGCAACUACUUCGUAUCAUUACGUCUUUUGCAAUCCUAGUUGGCAACCUUCGGAAGACUUUUCUUCCCGCGUCAAUAAGAUAUGUAAGAAGCGGCGAUGACGAAAGCCGAGUCAUGUAUUAUUUCAGGUGGACAAUUUUUUUGGAUGUAUUUCUGUUUUGGAGCAGUGUUUUAUGGGCUUACUGCCUGCAGUGGCAUUUGUGUUGUCGGUUAGGACUGUACAAGUUUUGGCUCUGGACCAUGACUCUUGUUUGCAUUGGCGUUUUUCUAAUGAUAGUACCUAUGAUGAAAAUGCAGUCGGAUUUAGACUCUAGUUGGUGCCGACUCCAACCUAAUUCAACAUUUGCAAAGUUCCCGCUUAUCUGGUGA